AGCAGCUCGCAGGAGAACCCGCACUGAUCUGCUGGACAUGUUGCGGGCAAUCACGGCUCUGGAGGUGUGCUGAGAUGUCCUGUCUGAAGAAAACAGAGCUGGAGCAUUUUGAUGGACUUUCCCUCAUCUACUGGACAUUGAUGGGGCCAUAUGGAGUAGAUCGAGCAGUUCAUUUGAUGCAGUUUUCAGACUGUGAGAAUGGAUUAGGUAUCAAAGUCAUUGGUGGUGUGAAGGAAGUUACAGGAGAGGAGUUUGGAGUUUAUGUGAAGAGGAUCUUACCUGGUAGCAUUGCCUCCACUGAAGGACACCUACAGCCUGGAGACCAGAUCUUGGAGGUGAAUGGAGAAAGUUUGAUUGGUGUAACGAGUGAGAGAGCGGUGGACAUUCUCAGAGCAGCUUCGUCUACAAACCACAUGCGACUUCUGAUAGCACGAGAUGAGGAAGCUCGGAAAGAAUUUGCUGAGUUGAUGGAGAAAUACGGCUCGAGCAGCAGCACUGGCUCCACGAGGAACUCCCCCAUUCAGCACACAGGCAGAUAUUUGGACAGCACAUCGUCAGGGUCAUCGUCCAGAUCCCAGAGUCCUCUACUGCUCAGUCCAGCUGGGUCUCAGAACACGUACAAUAACACGGGACAGCUACUGCGCUCGCUCAGUCACCCAGGUGAAGGUGUGAUACAGCUAAUCUCAGUGGUCCGCUCCGGCACUCUGGGUCUCUCAAUCAGUGGAGGCUCUAACAGACCCGACGGCCCAGAGGUGUUCAUACAGGAAGUGAUGUCAGGAGGAGACUGUCAUCGGGAUGGACGUCUCAGAGCAGGAGAUCAGCUCAUCGCCAUUAACAAGGAGUCAUUGAUCGGAGUCACACACGAGGAGGCCAAAAGCACUGUCAACAGAGUGAAGCUCAGCCGUGAGCCAAUGGUGGAAAUCGCCUUCAUUCCAGGGAAAGGUCAUUUUCCCUGCAGCGCGUCGCUAGGAAGAGUUCAGAGAGCCGGAGCAAACGGAUACGGCAGGUUAAAGGUGUACACCACAUCUCCUGAGGUUCAAUCAGAAGACACGGCUCCGUUGUCUUCUCCUGACAUCAGUCCCGCAGACAUUCACGUCUCAGCAGCUUUGACCACUCAGAGCAACGGUGCAGAAUCCAAACCCAAAGUCUCCCUGGACCCCCACAUACGCCUGCGAUCAGAGAAACUCGACCUGGCUUUGUCGUACCUGGGACUGGACGUCACAGAGGAGAAGAGGAGGAAAAUCCGAGAGAGUUUGUCCACAGACCUUCAAGGGACGGUGUCUUACGGAGAGUUUGUAGAGGCUACGCGUAAUGUGUACCAGGAUAAGCUGGAGGAGGCGGGGCUUGCGGAGGGACCCUUCAUGUUCUCCUAUCAUGAGGCAGCGAGUUUGAUGGACACGUCGGCCUUCCAUUCACCUACGUGUGAGUCAGAGUGUAGCUACAGCAGUGAGGAGGUGGAGCAGUUCCAGUCGGACGUCAAGCACCUGCAAACACAGAUGAAACAGAUGAAGGGUGUACUGGAGGACACAGAGGACAGUAAAAAAUCUCUAGAGGAGGACAUUCAGAAAAGUCCAGAGAAAUCCAAAACCAUAGUGGAGGAGAAUGAGGUGUUAAAGAGCAGGCUUGAGGAGGCUGAGGCUGAGGCUGUUCACAUGCAGACUAACACUGCUGAACAGGACUAUGAGGAGGUCAUCCGGCUUCUCGAGGCUGAAAUCAAAGAUCUGAAGGAGCAACUUUCUGGAAAGAAACACACGAGUUCAGUGCAGGAAGACAUGCUGGAACUCAACAAGAGGCUUUCCAUUAUCGACACUCAGCUCAGAAAGUCUGAAAUCACCAGGAAACAUCUGGAAAUCUCAAACAAAAAGCUGCUGGGUUUUGCUCGUAAUGUCCAUAAAGUCCUCACCAGUGGCAGCUUAUUUGCGAAGCAGAACGGGUCAUCCCCGGCAACAGACGGUCCGGAAAUCUCGGACACCACUCACCAACUCGUAGCUGAGGCCAGAGAGCUGAUGGAGAGGGUGUGCUCCCUUUGUGCAGAUGAUCACACGUUACCGCAGAUCACCGAAGGAUCCAUCACCGGUCCAGGGUUCGAGUGUGUGGUUGAAGUGAACCAUCAGCCCCAGAUGCCUCUUGCCGGAGUUCACGUCAAAGAGACUCGACGUCUCUGAGAAAAAAAAGGGCUCACACACACACACACACACACACACAAUCAGUGCAAGGAAAGAAUAAACACUACAAUCCACUUUUUAUUAUUCUGUCACGUCAGUUCAGUUGUAAAGUGUGUGUUAGGUUUUUCAUCAGACGUCCGCCGAGGGCCUUGUUCCCCUCACACAUGAUCCAUCAGUGAACUCGUGCUGAAAAGUGCUGUAAUAUUUACGAGAUGUUAUACGGUGUCUUCACUGUUACUGGUUCUGAUGUAAAUAUCACCGUCACUGUCUCUCACACACACACACACACACACACACACACACACACACACACACACACACUGUAACACAGUAACACAAUACAUACUCUGAAAACGGUAAGAAUAACAGUCUGUACACAACAACUACAAAUUCGGAUAACACUUUACAUUAAGGUUUCCAUAACAAUGAAUUAUUAUGUGUUGCAUUAAUUAACACGAACAAAGAAUAACAACAAAAUAUAGCAUUGAAAAAUAAAAGAUUGUUGAAUUUAAAUACACUGGAACCUCGGUAUACGAAUGCCCUCCUUUACAGAUUUUUCCCUUAAGAACUGAAAUUUUGCAAGAAUUUGUACUGCAAGACGAAUUUUCCCAAAAGAAAUAAUGUAAAUGCAGAUAAUCCGUUCCAGCCGCCCAAAAAUAUGACCAAUAUUCCCAAUACGAAGCGUAUGGAAACUGUAUGGCUGCUUAUGAAGAACUGACCCAAGCCAAGCAUUCCAUGUCAAGGCUCCUCACAGGAAGUCAUGCCACCAAGCUUGGGCUAAAAAUAGAGCAGACCACCCACGCCACCAAUCUGUCAACAAAAACACGCGAAAAAUCACCUAGCUUUUGAACGCAUACUGACGGCAACGUUGGUAUCGUGUGUUGACUCUUUCCAAACAGCUUUCACUGACUGAAAAUAAAAUUCAUAAAAAUUGUAAUGUCUCUUCGGUUGGCUUUCCACUGACGCUAACAAGUUUUUAAUGGCUCCCAGACAUACAUGCGACUUAGCCGGCGUUCGGUUUGUAUCGGUUUGUUCAUAUGCCAAAAAUCCUUCGUAUGCCGAUGCAAAGGAGGGCAUUCGUGUCGUAGGUGUAUAUGAGCUGAUGUAUUUGGAUAAGAAGGUAGCUAGCGCUUUCUGUUCCACAGCCCUGUGAUGCAGCACGAGCAGCAGCUUCAAUUCACAUGUUAAUUAUUUUAUUUAUUUAUUAAAAAACCCUCAACUAAUACAGUUGUUAAUAUUCCUGAUGGUGUAUUAAUGCUGAAGUGUGUAGUGUUGUAUAAUGUUCAUUAAGGGAACCUUAGGGUAAAGUGUUUCAGAUGUAGCAGACAUUCCAUCAAGGAAAAAAUAUAACUACACAUCUAUAACUUCUAGCAUUCGUCAGUGUGUCUGUAGCUACACGGCAUGCAUGGUUCACCGGAUCAACAGUGUGUUUCAUAUUUAACACGUGUAAAUAAACACCUGGGUCACGUGUGCAGUGUACAGUGUGUGUGGUUGUGUUGGAAAGCUGAUUGUAUUUGGUUUUAAAAUUCCUGCUAAUAAUCAUGUGAUAUAUCGACCUGUGU